CCUGCAGCUACGAGCCAAUGGCGAGCCAGCAUGCGGCAGCAUACCCUUGGUUACCAUCUGCCUGAAGGUCUGACCAUCGUUAAUGCUUAAUAAGCACAAUUUUCUCCUUUGUUGUGCGGUCUUUUGGUUCCGGAGAACCCACCAUUUGCAAGCUUUCUGUUCUUUCUCCUCUACUCCCACGACCUUUUCCGAGCACUCCGUCUAUCAAGACCUCGGCGCACUCGAUACCCCAACCAGGGACGCUGCAGACAUUGCCAUAGGCGACGACGGCUCUGUAUACACUGAGCACUACCUAGUUCUCCCACAGAAGGCGGGCGCAUAAUCAUGGAGGCCAUACGCAGGAAGAUGAUGCAACAGCCAGACUGGCAGAUGGAGCACGAGAUGGCCGCAGCUGUCGCUAAGGACAGGUUUGGACACCCGCGAGGAGGCUACGACGUUGGAUACGUAUUUCCUGACAGACGUACCUGCUGCAAUGCGGGAGUCCACCGGCACAGCCAAGCCGGGAUUGUGGGCACCCCGGAAAAGGGCGCCUUUUCUAUUGUAGUAUCCGACAAGUAUGAAGACGACCAGGAUCUUGGCUACACUAUCAUAUACACCGGCGCAGGUGGUCGCGAUGAAGUAACAGGUCGCCAAGUCGAAGAUCAAGACAUGGCGCGACGUGAAAAUGCGGCCCUCAAGACAUCGCAUGAGAUAGGAAGGCCUAUCAGAGUCAUACGAUCCCUAAAGUAUGGCCGUGGCUACAGGUACGACGGUUUAUACCGCGUCAUGGAGGCAAAGGAGGUCAAGGGCAAGAGUGGUUACAAGAUCUGCCAAUUUGUCCUUGUUCGUGAAGGAAACCAACCCCCUCUCCCGACAUAGGAUGUCGAUGAACCCUCCGCCGUCAAGCCACGCAGUGGCCGGCCCAAUGGAUACCAAGUUGAAGUACAGCAUGUUUCGUCAUUAGGGAAAUGUUUUCGCACGCUA